AAGGGCAAGGUGUGAGUAGUGGGCGGGGCUCAGGCUGGAGGUCACGGGCGACUGAUGCAACGUGUGUAGCGGAAUACCGGCUGUCAGUGUGAUUUCCGUACACAUGGCCGCCCCGACCGGACCGGCGACACAUCCCGCCCCCCCGGGAUCGCAGCUCACCCGGGUCCUCCGACAUGUCAAGUACGAGGACCUGGCGGCCGGCCUGAGCGGAGGGGUCAUCUCCACCCUGGUACUGCACCCGCUGGACCUGGUCAAGAUCCGAUUCGCAGUCAGCGAUGGAUUGGAGCUCCGACCCAAAUACAACAGCAUACUGCACUGCAUGUCCACUGUGUGGAAGCAGGAGGGUGUCCGCGGCCUCUACCAGGGGGUGACGCCCAAUAUGUGGGGAGCCGGGGCCUCCUGGGGCCUUUACUUUUUCUUCUAUGGUGCAAUCAAAGCAUACAAGAAGGAGGGGAGAGCCGAAAACCUGACUGCCACUGAACACCUCCUGUCAGCAGCUGGAGCAGGAGCCUUAACUCUGUCUGUUACAAACCCGAUAUGGGUUACCAAGACUCGCCUUGUCCUUCAGUACGAUGCUGGGGUUGACCCAUCAAAACGCCAGUACAGAGGCAUGUUCCACGCCCUGGCUAAAAUAUACAGGCAAGAAGGAAUCCGGGGACUUUAUAAGGGGUUUGUGCCAGGCCUUUUUGGAACUUCACAUGGCGCCCUUCAAUUUAUGGCAUAUGAAGAACUAAAACUGGAAUAUAAUAAGCACCUUAAUCGCCCAAGUGAUACGAAAUUGAAUACUAUGGAGUAUAUCGCCAUGGCGGCCUUGUCGAAGAUUUUUGCAGUGGCAGCUACUUACCCCUACCAAGUUGUUCGAGCGCGUCUUCAAGAUCAGCACAACCGCUAUUCUGGGGUCAUAGAUGUUGUUAGACGGACAUGGAGGAGAGAAGGCAUCCAAGGAUUCUACAAAGGCAUUGUCCCCAAUGUGAUUCGAGUUACUCCGGCGUGUUGUAUCACUUUUGUAGUCUAUGAGAAGGUCUCCCAUUUCCUACUAAGUCGGCGGAAAGACCAGAAUUAAUGCUGCACCGGACACACUUGGGUCCCUCUGUGUCAAGUUUCCUGGAUUACCAGGAAGACCCAGGAAAAUGGACAUAUAGAGAAGGAAUACUGACAUUUAUUCAGGACUUCGCACUUCAUCCUGUACCCGUGUGUCUAUACAGUACUUGAAGUUGGGCUUCUGUGGCUCUCCAGUACUGGGUGGGAUGACUGGCUUCCUAAGCAGGGAUAGUUGGCCUACUCUUCUUACUGUGUACGGGCAAUUUAGGAGCGGAUUUAAUUUUAAUUUAUUCUAUUUUUGUAAAAGUUUUUCUAAAUAUAUAUGAGUGAAUGGUGUUUGUUAUGCCCGAGGAUUGUAUUGUUUUUAUACAGAUCAGAUUGUUUUAAUUUAGUUUUUUUUCUACAGUAUAUAAGUACUGUACCGGGAGAAUUUAAGGUGUAUAUUUCCCUACCUCUUGGUAAAGGAAUAUGCAUAAAGCCUAUUGUUAGAAGAAGAAGAAGGUGUUUACAGUUUGAGCCUGAGCUGCUAUAGUUGGCUAGAACAAUAAAACAUUUAGUAUU